AAAACUUGCUGUGCCGUCGACUCGAAGCAACAACAUCAACACGACGAGUAGCAUCAGCACUGAUCCCAGCACCAGCGGCGGCGAUUCAAUGUCAGCUUCAUUCAGACUGAGUCAAGAGGUUUCAAAAUCGCAGCCAGAUCCGUCAAGCAGUAACUCGCCAGGUCAGCAACAACAACACGCUAGCAGCAGUACUGACUCCACGUCGAGCAUCACACUGGUCGAAAGCAUCAACGACAUCUUCAACGCUCCUCCAAACACCCUCAUCAUCCAUGCCUGUAACACUAAAGGUUCAUGGGGCGGCGGCAUUGCCAAAGCAUUCAAAGGGAAAUACCCCGCAGCAUUCGAAGUGUACAAAACCCAUUGCCAACGCAACGGUGGCGAACUCGUCGGACAAGCUCUCCUGAUCCCACCGCACAAGGAAGCUGGUGAAGAGCAUUUCGUUGGUUGUCUGUUCACAUCAGUGUCCAAGGGUCGAGAGGCCGAUUCACCCGCCAAGAUUCUCAGUGCAACGGGACCUGCCAUGCGGCACUUGUUGCGGCAGGUACAGGAGCACAAUACCACUCACCCGGGUGAGGAGGUGAGCGAAGUGAGAAUGUGCAAGAUCAAUUCCGGACUGUUCAAAGUUCCGUGGGAAAAGACCAAGGAUGUCCUUCAAGCCAUUCCGACUGAACCGGAUGGUAUUCGGCAGAUCAAGGUCAUUUCGAGGAGUGAGGACGAUUAGACCGAGUGAGGAGGGCGAUACGGCAGUGAGGAAGACGAGUAACCAGUGAGAAAGACGAGAAACCAGUGAGAAAGACGAGACAGCACUU